GUCAUCAAGAUCAGUUUGUAUCCUGCAGAACAACUAAGAAUGCUAUAGCCGAAAAACUACCUGAAUUGUUUUUAACAAGUUCUGGAAUAGGGAAACAAUGUGACAGGAGAAUGUCUGCAGCUUUUCAGUGCUCUCCUAUUCUAAUCGAGGGAUGCUUUUUCUGACUCCUGUGCCUGUGAGCGGGCUGCAGCCUGGCUUUCCUCGAGUUGUCUUUCUGGCAUCCGUGAUUGGAUGUUGAGCUGACCCUCCUAUCCUCAUCGCUGGAUAUCACUCCGGUCAUCCAUGCCUGGUUUCCUGAUCACUCCACAUGGCUCUCCUUGCUGUGCAGCUGUCCGCUUUCCUCGCCGUGGCGGUGCUCCGCGCCUCUGCUGGACCCGUGGCUCCGCCUCUGCCUGUGGACCCGAACAGCCAGGGGGUGUGGGGGGCGGCAGUUUACGCCACGGUUUACUACAACCUGCGCUCUGGGGACAAGUACAUCUAUAAAGUCACCGCCGUCCUCGACGUCCAGGUUCAGAUUGACGGGGGAAUAAAAUACACCAUGGACGUGGAGCUGGGAAGGACUCGGUGCGAGAACGGGAAGACCCCUGACUUGGAAUCCUGUGUCCUUUUCACCGCGCCUGGAGAAGCCAGGAGCCUGAAGUGCCACUUCGUGGUUCUCUCCGACCCGCUUUUGGAGAAGCGACGGAUCCUGGACAGUAGCUGCCAGCCAGUGUCCGAGUAGAAGACACAGAGAGCAGAUCACGCUGUGAGCAACUUCAAGAAAGCCAGAUUACAAAAAAAAAAUGAAUUUAGAUAUUUUUAAAGCUGUUUUCGAGACAAUAGCUUUCCAUGUCAAUAACAAAAAUGGUACUGGUACUGAAAAUAAAAAAAGAUUAUUAGUCACACAAGGUGACCAUUAAAAUAAAGCUUUUUUGUUUAACUUUGUGUGCCCACUGCAUAGUACUUUUCCUUGACAACUUUAAAAAGUGCUGUCGUGUUUUGUUCUGCCCUCUGGUUAUCUGCAGAGCACACAGAGAACACAGUUGUUUUAGCAUACUGUAUGUUUCAGUUUUGGCUCUUUCUGUUAAUAUGACAGAAAAAUCUU